GUUAUAGUAUAGUCCUUGUAUUAUUUACUUUACUAAUUUAUUAAUUAGUUUUUUUUUUUCUACACCAGUUUUUUAAAUAAUAUUAAUUGUACAGUUCGGUAUCCGGUUCGUUAACGUUUAGUAACGGUACUAAAUAUUAGUUUUGUUAUCAACCCGUUUACGUUUACCAAAACAGUGUUGUUUACCUACUUGAUCAAGUGUUUUUAAACAUAUAUAUAAAUCUACAGAGUUAGACGGGAAACCAUCAUGGAGAUAAAAUCGGGACUCUAUAUUGCCGGUAUUUUGUUUGCACUUGCCGUCAUUCUUACGUCCACAGAUUGCAAAAAUGAGAGAAAAACUGGUAAAACUAUGUGACGUUAUCGUAUUUAAAUAUAUUAUUAUGGAAUUGUAAAUAAUGGUAAUGAUUUUUAUCCGGUAACAUUCCCUAUAUUAGUGUAGGCAACGCGAUCAUAAGGGGUGUCCGUGUCUGUGAUCAAUAAAAUGAAUUUAAAACUGUAUUAUAAGAACGUAUAGGUAUAUUAUGAUAUUCUAUUUUGAAAUUGAAAUCUUAUUGGUUAAGAACACAUUAGUGCGAAGGACAUAAAUACUAAUUUUAUUUUUGUAAUUGUGAACAAAUCAGAAGGUAUAGAUCGAUAGGUAUAGAAGGAUCGAUAACAUUUUUUCAAGUUUAACAUAUAUUUGAUUUUAUUGUAUGAAAUAACGUAUUAAUGUAUAUAGAUAUAACUACAGAAACUAAAAAAAAAAAAUGUUUCACACCAGCAUAAUAAAUAACAAUAUUAUCAAUCAAUUGUUAAUUUAGGUUUAGGUAUUUGUAGUAUUUAAAAUCCAUAAAAAGCACUUAAAUACGUCAAAAAAGCUCCGCAAAAAAAUAUUUAAAGAUCUUAAAAUUGUAGACAUGAUUAAUUCUAAGGUAUGUUUUUUACUUGUAAUUGCUACUCUUAAAUCUGCUUCAACAAUCAAUCUUUUUAUUAAUAUUUGUUUUUACUAUCUAGUGUCAUAAAAAAAUAAACAUAGUACCUAUAUAACUUUUUCAUUAAGUGUUAAAUUAUUGGUGACCCCCUAUUAUACAUUUUGCGACCACCAGUUUGCUCACCAAUGGUAUAAUCGGUAAAUUGGGUUGGAGGGGGCUUGUCUAUGAAAUGUCAAGGAACAGGUGGAGUACGGAUUACGUUAAUUGAUGAGGAUUUAUUUUAUCUAUUAUAAAAUUUAAAUGUCCGUAUUAAUGUUUAUGACUUAUAAUUCAGUGUUGAUUCCUUCAUAUAUUGAUGACAUUUGUUAUUCCAUAAUGAUUGGAGUCAUUGAAUAUUUUAAAUAAUAUCUCCCCUGUAGUUAUCGGUUUGUCAGUAAAUAGAUAUUUACCGAAACUCCGAAACUACGGUUAAUUGUUAAUUGUACAUUGCUAUUACACUUAUCGUACAAUUACUAUUACCGUGUUCCAUGUAAAUCGUGUGGUUAUCAGAUUACCACUUACCGUAUAAUAUAAUAAAUAUAUAGUCUAGAAUAUUUAACUAUUUAACCCAGUGGUUAAAAAGACGGUUAGAUGGUUAUUUAUAUGGUUAUUGAUGAUUUAUGUAAUCAUCGUUUUACCCAAAUAAUGUUUUUUAAUAUGUUGAAUAAUUACUAACAAUUCUGGACAAUGACAUAACAUGAUCUUCACGAAAUAUGGUGACGAACAACACCUUUAUCGGGUUUUCUAUAGUUGACGAAACAACGGUAUAGUUAUCGGUUUGUCGGUAGUUACCAGUAUUUUCAUGUACCGGUAUUUUGAAAUAUUAACAUUUUAAAAUACUGGCGAUUCAACUGCAUACCGAAAAUACCGCAAGCUCUAAACUAUUAUGAUAUAUUUUUUAUGUAUGUUUAUGUUCAUUUGUUUGGUGGUUACAUUGCGGAAUAUUAGUGAUAAGACAAUUGAUAAUUAUUUUUGUGAUGAAAAACGGUACUUAUUACAUUUUUGCAACUUUGAAUUACUCGACGACGGAUGAACUCUAAAAGAUGACAUAAUUAGAAAGGUAAUCGAAUGGAAUCGUUUUUAUUUCGUUAAUUGGACGCACUUUUUUCUAAAGAAAAUUGUGAUUAAAAUAUCCUAUAGUAUUCAAAACGUUCCUUUUCCAAAGUAAGUACCUACUAUAGCCUUUUGCAAAACUAAAUUGUCUAUGCAUUAUUAUUAUUCCAUCGAUAUGAAUCAUCAAAACGUUCAGUUUUCAUCGUUGCUUAUGUUAUUUCAUAUAACUAUAGUCUACACGUAAGAGCAUUCGCUGGUUGAACUUUAGGUAGUUUAUAGGUAGUCGUAGUCUGUUUAAGCGACAGAUAUGAUAACUAGUAUUAUGUUUACACAUUGACCAAAAAAUAUAUGUUGAAUUUAGGUGAAUAAAUAGUUUUAAUCUGAUUUCUCAUGAUUAAUUAUUGUAAAUCGUAAAUUUGACGAUUAUUCAAUCUAAGUUUUAUGCGAACAUUAUAUUCCGGUAUCAAUUCAAGUACAAACAUUAUGACGGCGCCUCGGGAAAUAUCUUAUUAUAAUAUAUAGGUGACCACUGAUGAGUCUGUUUGAUAAGUCAUGAAAAGACAACUUGGUAAUAAUAUAUUAUUCUGUUCCACACACGGUAACAGUUCACAUACAUAAUAAAAUCACUUGAACGUUUUAUUUAUAGGUUAUAUGCUCUUAAACCGUCGUCACUCGCACUAUUUCUGUUGUUACCUUUACUCGCACGGGGUAUUAUUAUUUUUUUUUUUUCAAAUUUUGUUUCUUAUAUGUAUUGUAUGAGUAAAUAAAUUAAAACCAACCUAGAUGUAAAUAAUUGGUUUCCAAGUUUUAUUUAGACCACUUUAAUACAAUUAAAUUAUAUUACAAAACAAUUGGAUUAUAAAAAAAUUAUUAAAAACUAGUGUGAAAAAAAAAUGUUAAAUACAAAUAUAUUUGUUCGUUAUAUUAUUAUUUACCAUAGCCUAUUGAGCAUAGCAAUCCGGACACUCUUCGAUUAAAUGAUCAUGGCAUAUUAAUUUAACACGUGUCGCGUAAACGUUUAUUGUUUUGCGAUCAAAAAAACAUAAAAACAAGAAAAAAAAAACUGAGAAUGAAUUGCUCGUAUGGAGUAAAUUAUUUCCAAACACUGAUACUGAUCACUUUAUGUACUUUUACCAAGAGAACAAAAAACCAAGAUAACACAAAACUGGUUACAUUUUACCUAUAAACACAUUAUUCGAGGCUAUAUAAAUGUACGAAUAUUUAUAUUCACAAUAAUAUUCAUAAAAUUAUAAAUAAAAAUAAGCUGGGAUCAUUAUUUAUCUCGAGUGAGUGACGACGGAUUAAUUCUUAAUCUAUUUACUAAUGACAAUUAUUUUAAUUUAAUUUUUCAGGCGCCGCGGCAAGGUUAUUUAAUAAAGGUAAACCAUUUUGCAAUUGAAUAUUGAAAUAUGAAAACAUUGUCAUAUAUUAAUUUGUUUUAUAAAUUAUUAUUUUUCAGUAAUUGGAUUUACACCAAAACUAAAAGAAUGUAAGUACCUAUCUACGAAGAUACAUUUUUUAGUAGCCAUUUAUUCAUUUAUUCUGAAUUAUACAACUAACACAAAUUAAAAAUACGACUUUUGCAUUGCACUAAGAAAAAUACUAGCGGAACUAUUGCAAAUAUAUUUAUACAAGUUUAAAUCUACAUCAAAUUAAGAAUAAAGUUUAUGAACAAAGAACGUAUCUAUAAAAACAGACCGGUUUAAUUUAAAUAAUUAUCAAACAAAGAAAAUGUUUAAUAAUAUGGUCCCAAUAAUAUUAUGCUUUUGGUAUAACUUUUUUUUUAGUCCAAAUUAUUAAAAAAAAAACUCCUGCUCAAUAAAUUAAGUGAAUUAAGUUUCUCUAUAGAUUAUCUCUAGUUGAAACUUGAGAUUGUAAGUAGCUGUUUUGAGAAGUACUCUCAAAACCUAUUUAAUAAUUUUACCUCUAUGUAUUUAUGUAUAUUGAAUGCAAUACUGUUACGUUCGGUUAAUUAAUUUGCAUCGUUUGUUAUUUUAAACUUAUAGAUGAUAUUACGAAACUUCUCGAUUUGAUAUUGAACGAUGCCGAUUUAGUCAAAAUGGCAGCGUAUAAUAAACUUUUCUAUUUGUAUAAAAAACAGGUAUUUUUUGCAACAGUACUUUAUUAUUAUUUAAACAUGAAUUUAUUUUUAGAUUAUUUUUUGUGUUUUAUAUGUUGUAUUGAAUUAACGUAUAGUGAAUGUCCCCUAACCUAGCGUUAAGUGUUUUAUUGUUUAUGUAUUUGAAUUAUAUAUUUGUAUAAUAUAACAAAUAGUAAAAAAACGCUAUAAGUAAAAUAAAAUAAGUUUUAAGCCGUAUAAAAUGAUUAAAAAUAGAGUAAUUCAAGUUAUAAAAUUUCAAUUUGUAUUCUGAGCACACGGCAGUGCGUCGGCGAAGUUCUAGCAAUGCCGGUGUUUCUUUACACGAACCAUUUCACCAGGUUUUAGAACCCUCAUAUUUCUGUUUCCUAGUCAUAAAAUAUUAUCAACUUUAAAAGUUUUUCGUGGACUUUAUUACCUAAAACAUAUCUAACACAGAUAGCAAGUUGGUCCAAAAUAGAAACAUCUUGUGUAGAAUCUACCAUAAUAAUAAAUAUUUUAGCUUGUUUUAUUGGUUUGAUUAGUUUGUUUUUAAAAGUUUUCGAUAAAAAAAGUAACCAAUGACCCCCUUCCAUGACCAUGAACUCGAUUAGCAUUUUUAAUAUUACAUAAUUCUUUUUAUUUUCGCUUAUUAUUUAAAUAUAUACUAUUUUGUAUAUGUUGAUCGGAAGUAAAUUGAAAAUACCAAUUGAUAAAACUGCGGCAAUUUAACUGCACAGAUAAGACGAUGCGUAUGUAGGCAAACUGUACGGUUUUAAGUUUCAUUAUAGUGUGUUUAAAAUACAUUUCAACCCAAGAAUCGCGAGAGCGUCAUCUGUCGUCGUCAUGUUAUUCGACUAUGACUCCAUGAUUCAUUACUAUUGUACAGUCAAAUUACUUAGUUUUAACUGAAGUUGUGCAUGCAGUAGUGUAGAACAAUUUAUAUGUACAAAUAAAAUUGUACAGUCGUAUUGUCCUGUUUUAACAGUACUUUUGUAGCCUCUUGUAGCUACUUACUUGGUAUAGUUCAUAUUUACACAUUUAAACAUUGUUACGUACAAUAAAUAAUUCGGUGGAGAGGAAGAAGGUUUAUUUUGGUAGAAAUGGACUAAAUUUGUGAAUAUUGGUGGAAAAUGGCAAAAGACACGUUUGGUGGAAAAGGGAAAGGUUCAUUUUGGUGGAAACGAGUCACGCCCCAUAUUAUUAUAUGUUUACAUUCGAGUUUGGACCUUAGUGGUUUUGAUAGGUAGUUGAAUUUCGAUAAAUUUAAAUACUAUACUAUGUAAUAUUGUAGUUGGGUUCCGUAGGGAAUAUAAUGAUUGGGUCUGAACGUUUAAAAGCAAUACAUAAAAUUUUCCUUCUUAUUUUCAUAAACUCAGAACUUUUAUUUAGGAUUUAUUUUUCCAGUCAUUUUAUACAUUGUUUAUACAUUUUUAAAGACUAAAUUUACUUUUUCUGAGUUAAUAAAAAUUAACACAUUAUACCUAUUUAAAUUAAUUUUAAUAGUGUAUUAUUUUUAGAUAAUGCAUUAUUGCAUAAAGAACAACCUUCAAAAUAUAAUUAUCUAAUGUACAUAUUUCCCUACUUUUUAAGUUAAAAUUCUAGUACAUUAACUAUUUAAUUUAAUUUAAAUUGUACUUUUAUAUAAUAUUGAGAUAAUUCACUAUUGCAUUUGCACUCUAUUAUUUUCCUUAAUGUCUUACCAUAUUUUCUUGUAAAACUUAUUUAAUUUUGUAGGUACAUUAAAAUACAAUAGUGCCAAUGUAUAUAAUUGCAAUUUUUCUAUAAGAAAAGUGGUUUAUCAAAAUUGCAUUUUUCGAAUAAUUGCACUACCGUUCUGGAAGUGCGAAGUACCAGGUUAAGGCUAUCGCUAUAUCUGGGAUAGGAGACCAGACCCUACUCAGUCCUAGCCCUGUAUCGAAGUAUCAUUGUAUUCAUCAGAAAGUAGCCAAGUGUUAGGCAAUCGAAAUAAAAGAGAAGUUGCUCAUGAAAGUAGGAAUAAAACAAGGUCAUGGACUACAGAAAUAGCAGAUUUGGUUAUAAUGUAGAUGUCACUACUUGGAUGUGCUUAAUUUUUUAUUUUUAGCUGAGAGGAGGGGGGGUCUGGAACUGAAUUAUUUUUUCAUAGUUAAGUUUUUGUUGGGGAUAAAUAUUAUUUUAUAAAUGGAAAAAUAUGUGCUUGCGUUCAUUUAAAUUAAUGUUUUUAUUAUUAUUUUUUUUUGUGAACAAAAUUUUUUUUAAAUAAUUUGUCAAUUUCUGAAUGUUUAAAUCUUUAGGCAAACACGACUUCAGAUGAGACCAAAAAAUUGAUAGCCGUUGCAAUGAUUCGAUCUACCACAGAGUUAAUAAAAUACUAUAGUGUAGUUUUCAAUUACAUUAAAGUUAAAAUUGCAUUGGCUGAUGGUAAGUUUAUAAAAUAUUACAUUAAAGUAACACAUUUUACCUCUACUUAAUUAUUUUGUUAAAACAUAUUAAUCAUUUUAUUUUAUUGUGUGCAUUAUUACAUUAUAUACAUACAUUAAUGGGCUAGUGUCUAAGGUACAGAUAGUUCAAAGACAACAUUAAUUCAUUUAAAAAUGAUACAUUUUAAAUUAUAACAUUAAAAACAUUAAAGAUUGAGGACUUCUUGUUAGCUUAAUAUAUUGUUCAAUGAACAGGAUUGAUACGGCCAUAAUCAGUGUGAUGAAAAGGGAUGUAUAAAGGAGUAAGUAAUAUGGAAAAUCUACUAGGAAUAUAAAAUUGACCUUCCCCAAUAGUUCAGGUGCAUUAACUAAACUAUUAAUUAGUUUGUUUAGAAAAUGUUAGCAUGCAAUCUUCUGUCGGAUGAAGUACUAAGCUUUAAGUGACGUAAAACAGUGAAAUAAUCACGAGGUGGAUGCUCAAGUUUAAGAGAAAAAGAAGCAAAACUGAGAAAUUUAUACUAUAUUCUUUCAAGCAGGGAAGAGUCAGAUACAGUAUAUGGGUCCCAUACAUUUAAUUUAACAAUUUGUUAGGUUAGAGGAAAAGAGCCAUUAUAAAAAAGAAGACAAUUUGAAAUUCAAAGAAAUACGUCUAUUAAAACCCAAUACUUUCAGAGCUUUAAGUAAUGUGCUUCAUGUGAGGAUCGAAAUCUCAAUUUAAGGGGAAAAAAAAUAUCCAACAGUGGGCUGAGUACAAAAAGGUAUUCGUAGAGCUUUUCUAAAGAUUUAAAAUUGAGAUUUGACUGUAGUUAAAAAUAUGAUUUUGCUUAUGGCGAGUAACUCACCUAAUUUAUGAACUAGAGUAACAGAAGACAUUUUACAUUUGUUCAGAAAAAUACCACCAUUUAAAGAACGUCUAAAUAUCUUAUAUUAUAAGCCAUAGUGGGAAAUUUUAUAAUUGAUAGAAAAAGAUCCAGGCAUGUUCACUUGUAGUACUCGUAUAUGAUAGUUUAUUUAACCUCAUAUCUAUAUAUAUUGGAAACUGGGAAUAAAGAAUUUUUAGGCUGAGUAUCUAAGAAAAAGGCUAUCAUAUAGAACAGUACCACAAGUAGGUUUGAAUAUAGAAGAAAAAUAGAUAGAAAACACGUUAGAAAUUUGAUCAUUUUCUGAGCAGUAUUGGUUAUCAAGGCGCAUAAAACAAGAAAUAUACUACCAGGAACGAUAAAUUUAGAUGACAUGUAAUAAACUUCAGGGAUAAAUUUGAGAAUGGAAAAAUGCAGGGCAUCAUACAAACCAGUAUGUAACUGAAUUGAUAAUCAGAUUCCGUUUUAUUUCAGACCAAUUAAAGGAAUUUAGAAAAGAUAGUAUGCUAGUGACCUACGGAAGCCGAAAUAUGCAUGGAAAUUGUUGGAAAUAAUGUUGAGGGUUUAGAAUAACUUCAAAAGCAGGAUGAUAAGAAUCGCAAAAUAAGAGAAAAUUUAGACAUUUAUCAAUCAUUAUUUAUUUAUUGUUAGACAAAUUUAAGUCAAGAAAACAAUAAGCUGAAUUGAGAACACAAUUUAAUUGAUAAAAGUUAUCAACGGUAAAAGUCUCAGAAACACAGGAAAUAGACGCCUUAGAGCAAGAAGAAUAUCAGAAGCCAUUAGGGUCGUUAGACCAAGAGACCUGGUAAAUUGCAAUCCCCAUAAAAUAUAAAUAUAUAAUUUGGAUUAGUAAGAAUUAAGGAUUCGACAGUUUACAUAUGUGAUUCAUAACGUAGGAAGGACUUGAGAGAGGUGUAUAUAGUCACAAGAGUUAAUAUCAUUGAAAAUUGCAAUGAAAAUUUCACCAACCCUCUUCAAGUUACUUGUUAAUCUAUUUCAACCAAUAAACUUAAUACCAGUGAGAAUAUGGGCAUAAUUCUUCAUAGUUUCAGUAAGAGAAGAAAGUAAAAAUACAGCUUCCGAUUUAAUUGAAUAUAUAUGAAAAGCAUUCUGUCGUAUAAAGUACGACACGCGCCUGCUCGUGUAAUACACAGUAGCGCGCCUGCCAAAAGGUUAAUUUUGAAAAUAGUUUUUAGUGAUCACAUAGUAAUGUUGAUAUUUAUAAAAAUUCUGAACAAUUUGACGUUUGAAUGAAUUAUGAUAGUGAAUGUAGACAUGGUAUUAGAAAAUAUUUUACUGUCAUCGGUAAUUUUUCCUCGUAAAGAAGAAUCAGUGGACUAAAGAAUACAACAGGCAAUUACGUUAAAGAACAUUUAUCAUGUUCCGAAAUUUCUUGGAUAAGUUGAACGACAGAUAAUUGGGAAAAGAAAAAAUUUGAACCUUCAAGCUUACAUAUUUUACUUAUUAUUGUAGAUAAUUUAGCAUAGUCUAAAGUUCUCGGCUUUGAGAUCGGAAAUAUGAGAAGAAAUAUUAAGUUUCCUAGGUUCAGCUUAAGUUGAACUGAGCUGAUUGCUUCUCAUUAUUCUGCUUAUUUAAAUUUAAUAGUUUCUCUUGAGACAAUCACAGGACUGUAAUGGCUUUAACAAUAUAACUAUAUUGAGAACUCAUAGACGAAGAGCUGGAGAUUUAGUCACUUUUUCUGACAUAGUGAAAAGCGCCGUGAAAAAAAUUGACUGCAAUUAGAUAUACGCACCUGUAUACCUAAGAACAGAAAUCGAUAUUAACUUACAGGAGAAUAGUAGGUCUGUUUCCUCUACGCGAAACAAGACGAACAAAAAUAAUGACUAGCGAAUAAUAAAGAUAAGAAAGCGAAAAUGACACACGUACAUCUGUGAAGUUUCCCCUCACGUCUGAAACAUCCCCGACAAAUUGUAAGUUAAAGCUUUUUAAUUGUAGGUAAAUGUAAGUUUAUUUCCGGAAUUUGUAAGUAAACGCUAACUAAGUUAUUAAAUAAAUUAGGUUUUAGGUGACAGUCUAUUAUGUGUAAUAUAAACACUAAACAGCAAACAGGAAAAAAAAAACAUACUCAUAUAAAAAUUAAUUCAUAUACUCAUAUAGACAUUAUAAAUAACAUUUUUAACUGAUUUUUGAAGUUAAAUAUAACAUAAAAGAAAAUUGUAAACGAAAACAGGGUUUAUUUCUAAAAAAAAUAGAAAAGGGAUUACCGUUUUGAUAAUCAAUCCUUCACUAAGAUUUCUUAUUUUAAAUAUUAUUUAUCACAUUAUACACAAGAUAGGUACUAGGUCUAAAAUAUGUGCUUGUCAUUAAAAAUCCAAACACUAAAAACCUAAUUUUUUAAAGGUUUCAUUGAAUUUUUUUGUAUUAACAAAAACUGAAAAACCCUGCAUAAUGAUAUUAUAGAGACUCCUCAAAACUAUUUCAUCAUUAUUAUUUAUUCAUGUUUUGUUUAAUACAAAAUUUCGGAUAAUAAAUUACAGUUUUUUAAUACCUAAUAUAGUAAUUUUCUGUAUACUUAACUUAAAGAAAUAAAAAAUAUAAAACCUUAAAAAUAUAAUACCUUAUUACUUAAUUAUAAUAAGAUUUGUCUGUGUCGAGGGUUUGUCAAUCAUAACUAAAUUAGUCCAGUAACUUAGUUAGGGCCAAAUUGUGAAAAUUCCGAGAAUAAACAUACAUUUACUUGUAUCUUAUUAUAUUUAAUCGCAAUCCAAGGGCUAUAACUUACAAUUUAUCCGGAAUGAUUCGGCUGUGGUGAGAGAGACAGAUUCACAGAUGUGACACACGCGUCCGUUCUGUACCAAUGACUGAUAUUAAUAGUAUUAUAAUUAUAUUAUCAAUUUAUCAUUGAGUAAAUGUAAAACCUAAGCCAAACUUGUGGUUAAUGAUGAUUGUUGUAGGACUUGAAUAUGCAAAAAAAUGUUCUAAAAUAAAAAAUGCAGAAGCCGAAUGUAAUAAAUGGAAAACUAUGUUAAUCGAAGCUUACGUAUACAGACAUAAGUUUGCAAUCGACCGUAUAUCGGUUCAAAAGUUCAAAGAGGCUUAUGCACGUGCUAAAAAAACAAAUCCAGAUGACAAAAUGAUUAACUUUCUCGGGACUAAAGUAUCAUGUGAAGUAAAUGAAGAUUAAUUUUAUACAAUUUGUAUGGGCAUUGAAAGCGUUUUUUGGGUUAAGUAAAUAUUUUGUUUUGUUUUAGGUAAAGUUAAUGGAAGGGAAUAAAAAAAAUGCAUUGAGAAACUUAGAUAUGUGGUUUAAAGGAAUCAAUAAUUCAGAUCAAAAAUUUGAUUGCAUUACAGAAUUAUUAAAAUACGAAAAUGAAAUUGAAAUCGUUGGAUCGUAUCCUGGAGAAUAUUAUUAUUUAUUAGGUAGAGCAUAUGCAAAACAAAAAAACAAUCAAAAAGCUUUAGAAUGUCUUGUGAAAGCCCGCCAAGGACCAAUUGUAUGCCAAAAGGUAAUGAAAACUUUUAAAUUAAUUAACAUAUAAAUAGAUUUAAAACAUGUUUUAAAUUAAAAACUGUAUUCAUAUGUACGAGUAUGAUUAGGUAUUUAUAUUUAUAAUCACUAAUAUGAUAGGUACGAUAUCGUACCCAUCUCCUUUCGAGUGAUAACUUUUCGGUCAAAUCAAAAAGUAUUGAAAACAUAAGGCAUACUCGUAUACAAAUUAUAAAAUAAAUCAUUUUUGUGAACAAUUAUUUAAUCUGUACCUACAACAGUUAACUAUAGUUACUACAGUUACUAUUAUUUAAGGAGUAAGCAUCUAUUGUUUUCACUUUAUGUCAUCUAUAUUAAAAAAGUUUAUACAUGCAUAAAAAGUUAUUAUUAACAUUAUUUUUAAUUAUCUUCUCGUAUAGAUAAUUCAAAUGUAUAUAUAAUGAUAUAUAAAUAUGUACAUAAUAUAUAUAUAUAUAUAUAUAUAUAUUAAUUUUCUGUUUUGGUAAAAAUAACUGAAAAAAUAACUUUUUUUAUUAUUUUCGAAAAAUUUGAACAUAGCCAUUUUACAGUAUAUUCUUCUAAACAUUUUAACGUUUCAACUUUUUAUUUUUAUAAUUUUUUAAAAUUCCGAAAAAAAAAGUGUACAGUAAAUUAACCAUAAUAAUAAAAAUCAAUUAGCGAAUGCAAUUUUAGGCUGCUGCAGAAUUAUAAGUGAUUUCCUCUGAACUAUAAACAAUUAUUAAAAGUGUCUCGCCCUAUAUUUCUAGUAUUUUUGUAAUCGUUUAUUGAUUUUGUUUGUUAUUAUGUUUUUUUACAGUUAUUAUUUAUAAGUUAUAAUCGAUAUUUUUUUUUUAUUAACAGACUCGCAGUAAAAAUAAAAAAGUACAAGAACUGUAUGAAAAAUUAUAUAUUGGUGAAUAUGCAGAACACUAAAUAGGUACUUGAAAGUAUAAAACUUUAUAUUUAAAUGUUUAAAAUAUAUUAAUACUAUAUAUAUAGUAGUUAUAAUAAACUUCUAAAUACAUACUUACUAAUAAGUUAGUUUAAUUUAUAAUCACAACUUUAAAAUACUAAAAUUUAAUUUUUUUUAAGAGUAAAGUUUGUUGAUAUUACAAUUAAAAAUGUAAUUACUAAUACUCUAUGUUAGAAAAACAUUUAUGAGCAUUAGAGUUCUGUGAUUAAGGUUAAUACUAAUAAGGUACUAUAAUUCCUUAUCUGUAGAAAUAAACAAAGAUGCUGUUCAAAAUAGUUUAAAAGUUAAAAAACCUGUCUAUAAUUGGAUUCUCAAUAUUCACGAGUAGAUUUAAUCUUAACUAAGAUAACUUUACUUUCUAUAUUUGUCUCUUCAUGUUUCACCUUAUAUUUGUAAAUUUGUUAUAAUCUAUUACUGUAUAUUUAUUUUUAUAUUUUGCUCAUAAAUUAUUCUUUUUAUAUAUUGUAAUUAUUAACUAUUUAAAAUUUAAAUUUUAUUAUUUUAACAGUGUAAAUUAGUAAAUAAACACUUUUGUGCCUCCACACAAGCAAAACUUAAAGGGGACUCAUAAGUUCACUUAAUACUUUAUUUUUAACAUUUGUAUAAUAUGUAUAUUGGAAUAAACAAGUGAAAAAAAAAAUAUAUUAGAUAAUUAAUAAACAAUAAAAAAUUGAAUGCUACAUGUAUAUAUAUAAAAAAAAUUGUAUUAUUGCAUAUUAUCAGUUGCGAUUUGUACACCGAACAAGGUAUGUUUCGCUCUCGCAGCUCUCGAAAUAGUGCUGUUUCAGUUAUUAUUAUUUUUAUAUCAAAGUUUAUAAUGCAGAAAGCGGCCAACAACGGGUGUUAAGUUUUUAUAAACAAACUUAUUUUAAGUGGGUCACACGUACAGGAUCUAUCCUGUAGCUACUCUACACAGCUGAUAUACCAAACGAUGACAACACAAUUAUAGACAAACACACAACGCUAUGUUUGUCCAUGAUACGGCAAUUUUGUCCACAAGUAAGAAUCAGCUAACUGCACCUGAACAAGAAUCAAUUGACAACGGCUUUGUAUGGACAAGACGUUGGAAAAUUAAGAUAAAUUGUGAUAAAUCAGUAUACGUCAACUAUACGUUACGUUAAAAAGAAGAAAUCCAAAUUAUGUUGAAUUAAACAUUAACCUCCCAAAAAGAUUCAGCGAAAUACCUUAGAAUGCACCUAAACUUCCGUUUAAAAUGAAAACACCAUGUCCAUCAGAAAAAAAUACAGAUUAAAAAAAAAAUGCGAAAGUUCUAUUGGUUAGUUGAAUCCCAUUCCGAGUUAACUAUAGAAAACAAAUGUUUACUAUAUGUAGCUAUCAUAAAACUAAUUUGGACCUAUGGCAUUUAACUGUGUGGUUGUGGCAGUAAGUCUAACAUUGAUAUAAUACAACGCUGUCAAAACAUCGUUCUUCGGACCAUCACUGCAGCCUACCGGUUUGAAAGAAACGAUGCCAUUCACCACGAUAUGAUGCUGCCUACAAUAGCUGAUGAAAUCCAAAAAUUUGCUCACAAACACGAGACAAGAUUAGAUCACCAUGUCAGUCCACUGGCCAUCCAAUUAUUAGACAACUCCAAAGACAUUAGAUGUUUUAAGAGCCUGAAACCAUACGACUUAGUUUAAUAAUUUAAAUUAAGGGUAGGAGCCACUUCAUUGGAAGUGUGACUUCAUCAACUUAUAAAGUAUAUCUAGUUUGUAACAUCUAGUUUGUAAGAUAUAUCUUAUUAAACAUAUGUAUAAAGCCUUUAAGUCGUUUAAAUAAUAAAG